ACCGCUGCUUUGUUGUGUGUGUGCUUCACUGCUUCUUUUCCAUCCCCUCCCCACCUUUCCUAGUCCCUUCUGAGUAGUCUGGUGAAUCUCACUAGACCAUUCCAAGUAAUUUCUCUCUAAAUUCUCUAAAUUCUCUAAAAGCCAUGGCCUCAUGCUACAGUAUCCGCCCGCCCGCCCGCCUGCUCUCGGGUUCUUUUUGUCUGGCGCUCACACUUACUUGGUUGUCUUUUGCAUCCCCCGGAUUCCGAUUCUGGGCUUUUCUCUUCCUAAGGCUGCUCUCGCCCAUCUCCUGUUGCAUCCCAUCAUCCACUUUUCUUCUUCUUCCUCUUCUUCUUCUUCGCCUUCUUUUUCCUUCUUAUUUGUUUUUUGUACCACCCGCAACUGUUUGUGCGUGCGUGCGUGCGUGUCGUGUAUGUGUCUCCUCUCUUGUGUGUCUCUACUAUCUAAAGUAUCUGUGUGUUCUUGCUUUCUCCAUCCAUUCAUCCUUCCCCCUCCUCCUCAUUUCCCAACCCUCCAGAUAAUCGACACCACUUGUCUAUCCGUCCAUCACUCGAUCUCUUGUCACCUCAUUCUCCUCCUUUUCCUUUUCCUUUCCCUUUUCUUGUUUUUCCUUCUUCUCUCUCUCCAACCUCUCCUUUGCUUAACGAAAUUGGUUUGAUGCCCUCCUUUCCUUUACUACUUGUCUACCUUGGUAAAUAGUUUCACUUGUCACGAUGUCCAAUGUCGAUUUAUCCAGUGACGGCUUCAUUGGCCUAGACUAUGACUCAAGGAACUAUCUCCAGUCGCAGUCAUGGCCUCUGGCAGUGGAUCCCCAGUCCUCCCAACGGCCAGAUGGAUCGCGAGACAUCUCGCCCUUACAAACCAGCGGUCACACUUUUGAGCAGUCGGUAAUCCAAGACCCUAACCUGAUCGUGGACUGGCAAUUCCACGG